CGCAUCGGGUCAGCCAAUCGGGUUGCGUCAGGCAAUUUAAGACAACAAACAGAGGAGACGUUUCAACAAGUGUUCAGCUGAUUUCCUGCUGGUGGAUGAGGUGAGCGUGAUUAUGUCUCGCAGACUAACCAAAGAAGAGCUGGACGCACAGUUUGAGCAGUUCUUAAAAGAGUCUGUUUCAGAUGACUCUGUGGAUUUAGGUGCUGCUGACAAGCAGCCACACUCUAAAAGCAACCAGAACCCAACAGUGAGGCAAGAUGAGGCACUCAGUGGUGGAGGAUCAGCAGCAGCACGGUUGGAAUCUCAGAUUUCUUUAAGGAAGUCUGAGUCUAUUCAAGAGGAGGAUGAGGAGGCAGAAGGUAUUCACUCAAAGGAGGAAGACCUCGUCCUGAGAGACAACAAAGACACAGAGGGCUCGGCGACGGUGCCAGCUGUGUACAUGAGCGCGGUGGGUUUAGACACUCUGGAGGAGGAAGAGGAGAAGGCCAGGUUCUUUGCCCAGCUGGAGGCAGGAGCUUCAUCUACUAUAGACUACUCCAAGCUGAACAGGGAGCUGGACUCAACACGUUCUACCCCUGCAAACAACUACAGGAAUGUAGAAGAAGCAGAAGAACCAGUGGAGCGAGGGGGCGGUGAUGAUCACAGCAAGGCCAGAGGGACGAUCAGUCCAGGCUCCCCACACUACAGCGAGGAUUUUGAAGAUGACGAGGACGUGAAGGUUCCACUGGAGGAGACGUCAACGACGGCUUCAGUUCUUGCCAGAGGUAAGACACAGAUGACACUGUGCUGA